AUUUGGACCAAGACGCGUCGUGUGACGUCAUCAGAAUCAUGGAGGGACUCAUUAUUGAAGCAUUACGCAUAGCUGAAGCGAGGCGGUUAACGUGCAAACGUGAUGAUGACGUUGGAGCUUUACUGUACGUCACGGCACCACAGUGUGGAUUGCUGCGAAAGUGGUGACGUAGCAGCCUGGGAAGGUGCGCGCUCUGGACCGGACCGCGCCUCUCCGUCUCGCGCUGUGAACAUCCUACAGAUCAGACCGCGAUGGAACCGGAGACAAGAGACGAACCGGAGGCUGGAGAUGAGCAAGGUUGCACCGUGUAUGGAUUCUAUGACCAGGAUUUAACGCACAAGACGAUCCUGGUGGGAGACAGUGGGGUGGGGAAAACAUCCCUGCUGGUGCAGUUUGAUCAGGGAAAGUUCAUCCCAGGCUCUUUCUCUGCCACCGUGGGAAUUGGCUUUACGAAUAAAGUCGUCACUAUCGGAGAGGUGAAAGUUAAAUUACAGAUUUGGGACACAGCAGGACAGGAGAGAUUUCGUAGCGUCACUCAUGCUUAUUACAGAGAUGCCCACGCUCUCCUCCUGCUGUAUGACAUCACUAACAAGUCAUCAUUUGACAACAUCAGGGCGUGGCUUACAGAGAUCCAUGAAUAUGCACAGAGUGAUGCAGUGAUCAUGCUGCUAGGCAACAAGGCUGAUAUGAGCAGUGGGAGAGUCAUCAAACGGGAGGAUGGAGAGAGACUAGCCAGGGAGUACGGGGUCGUAUUCAUGGAGACGAGCGCUAAAACUGGUGUCAAUGUAGAUUUGGCCUUCAUGACUGCAGCAAAGGAGUUGAUUGGCCGAUGUCUUGAGCUGCCCAAAGAGCCGAAGUUCCAAAUCAGUGAUAUCAUGGAGCAGAAACCACAGAAAUCAGGCUGCUGUGGCUUCACAUAGGACCUUACGAGACACAACAACAGAUGAGAGAAGGAUCAAGGUGCAAAUGAGAAAGAAAUCAGAGUGAUCAGAGACGUUUCAGGCCAAAUGUAGUCCUUAAACCUUAAUUGAAGCCCAUGAUGUAAACUAUACUUUGAAGGACAUUGAUUGUCCUGAGCAGAUCUAAACACUCCGGUCUGAGAAUGCAGGUACAGUUUGGUCAUUUUGGCCUCUCUGGGAAAAUACUAUGCAGUAAUUUGCAGUGCAGAGCUUCCCCAAAACUUUGUAGCCCAAGCUUCAUGGUUAAAUUUAGUAGAUUUGAUGAUGCACUAGUAUGAGGUGAGCUGAGAUAGAUCUUUAAUUAAAAUUGUGUUACAAAGAUAUAGAUAAAGUCACUGGGAUAAUAUUAUUUCCCAGGUUUAUAGCAUCACAAUUAAAAAUAUUUAUAUAUAACAGUUCACUAAAUCACAAUAAUAAUAAUAACACAGAAGUGGUAUAUGGGACUUACUAGUUAUAUUCCAUCGAGGGACUUUAGCUAAAGAAGUAUAGCUCAGGAAAUUUUGCCAUGAUUCUUUUUUUCUUCUAGGAAAUGUAUCCAGGAAUUUCAGCCCAGAGGAUUGAAGCGCUAGAAUAAGAUCAGAUAAUAUUUCAUUCAUAAACAUUAAUAUAAAAGAUAUAUCAGGCCCUGAUUUAGUGAAAGAAAAUGUUCCUGGUACCUUUAGUGUCUCUAUUACCGAUAUUUUUAAAUAGACAUGCGCUUCAAAUCUAACACUGCUAAUAUUUUUUCUUAUUUUUUAUCUGACUUAAAUGCUACAAAGUUUUUGGGAAGCUAGGCGUAAUUUUAUGGCCCAUAUUGUAUAUCCAUAUUGAUCCUUCAUGUUAUAUCCAUAGUUUUUAUGGAGUUUUAGUUUUUAAUGACACCCUGCUCAUGUAUGCAAGCCCAGUUUACUAUGCCUCUGCACAUCCUGUUUGAAACCACAAGAGGGAGCAAGAGUACAAGCGGUUAGAAGAAUUUAUUGUCCGUGAAUCAUAAACAGUGAGGUACAUUCUGAGUCCACUCCCAACAGAUGUUUUUGUUUGCCAUGAAGCAUUAACUAAAAGCAGUGAAUCUAGUUUGAUUAAUAUAAUUUAAAAAAAAAUUAUAAAAAAUUCUUACUCACUGAAAUCAUUGUACAACUUAUUGUACAAUCAUCGUACAAUUAGUUAACGUAAUAACGUAACGUAAUAACGUAACUAUUGUUGUUAACAGAGGGGCGUGGCUACUUUGCUUAUUAGUGUUAAUGAAGGAGGCGUGGCCACUUUAAUUGUCUGUCAAUGAAAGAGGCGUGGUCAGUCAAUAUCAGUGUAGAAGGCGUGGCUUCUUUGCCUCUCAGUGUCAGUGAAGGAGGCGUGGCCACAUUGCUUGUCAAUUUUAAGUUAUAAAUGACUAUCAAAAGACAUCAUAUUGCAUCAUAUCCUAUUACAGCAAAGUGACUUUAAGUCAUUACACUAAAUUGUAUCAUGUAUUGAGAUACAAAUUGUAUUUCAUACUGAAUGCAUUGCUGCAAUCGUAUUUUAACACUCAUGAAACAAAAACAGUUCCUCCUUUCUUACAUAAAUUUAUUUGAUAUUUAAUUCUAAAAUUGUUUUAAUUGUUUUUAUGUUUUUUAUUCAUGCAAGUUGGUGUUUAUUUUUUUGUUUUUUUUUUUGUUUUUGUAAAGAGAAUACUUACAUGUGGAGUGCAUCGGUGUAUCUCUGUCUUCAUUCCUUGAAGUAUUAUAACAUGACUAUAAUAUCUUAUGUCAUGGUUGAAAACCUAAAUUAUAUAUGAGAUUUUUUUUUUAUUUUUCGGGGACAAAUUUAUGGGGCAGAAGGAUAACAUACUUUUUUCCUUAAGCUAAAGAAAGACUGCACUAUUUCUCUUUGUAUGCUGCAGAACAGGUUAUACAGUAGUAGUAUGAUGUGAGUAUGCUUCUGAAGUAUGAACUGAAUGAAUUUAGUGUCUCAGGGUCUUUUAAGGUAUUUUUUAGCCCAAAUGUUUAUUUGAUCUGCAUGAAUCAAGAGUGAACAAAGGUUGUUUUUUUUAAGUGUUUGAAUUAAAAGCUUGGUUUUAAAACUGUGCCAUUGAGAUUUAGAAAAAAAAAAAUAGCUGUAAGUAUAUGUUUUAUGUCAAACUUUAAAAUACUGUUUGGAAAGUCUUUAAUUGUUUAUUUGCCUUUAUUUACAUUUUAUCCUUUUAUUCUUGCUUGAUUUUACCUCCUGUAAACCUAUACUACUAUUGAUCAGUGACAUUGAGUUACAGUUCCUUAAGUAUAUCUUCACUCUCCAAACCCAUGCAGCUUAAUAAUCAGUUAAUUUAGCCGAAUCAGGAAGGUGUAUUGGGAAAAAUCCACAAACAUUGGACAUAACACUUCAGGCGAAUGCUUUAAGCUAUCAGAAGUACUC